AUGUUCUUCUCUCAACAACAACAAGAAACAGCUGGCAACACUACCAACAAUAUCAAGGACACAGCUUCUUCAACAGUGCCGUCAUUAGAUUGGAGUUAUGUAAGAGAAGUAUUAUCUUCCAUUUCCGAUAUUGGAGAUUCUGAGUUUUCAUCGCUUUUUGAUGGAGUUGAGUCACAUUCGAAAAAGCUAGAGAACAUCACUGGCAAAAUAUCGGAGAGCCUGUUAAUAGAGAAAAUUAGAACUUAUAAUUUACUUGGAUGCUUAAAUUACUUUAACAGUGACGUUGAAAAAUCAGAAGAAUACUUCACGAAAGCCCAAAGCAGUAUUCAAUCGUUUAUCAAUUUCAAAAACGACAAAGUGAAAAAUUUGAUGCAAAUCUAUGUCACCAAUAAUCUAGGAGUCAUCCAAUUGCAUCGGGGCAAGAUAAAGGAAGCAACAAAUGCUUUUAACAGCUCACUAAGAAUAUGUUUAGACAACGAAAAGAAAUAUCAAGAAUUUAGACAAGUUUCCACAACUCCUCUUUUAAAUUUGGGAUUAAUUCAUUGGAAGAUACAAAAUGACCUCGACAAAAGUGAAGAAUAUUUUCUCAAGGUCCUUGAGAGAGACAAUUUUUCGUUUGAGGCAUGGAUAAAUUUAUCUGAAAUUUACAUGAUUCAUGAAGAAUAUGAAGAGUCUUUAAAAUGUUGCUAUAAGGCCAAAAAGAUCAAUCCACAAAAUUCACUGGUGUUAAUAAUGUGCGCCUUGAUCAAGCAUAGAAUGGGAUGGGAUUCUGAGGCCAUUCAUGUCCUCGACGAAGCAAAACAGAGAGAUCCCAAUAACCCAUCUAUUUACACCCUUUUUGGAGUUAUUUUUCGAGAACGACAAAUGCAUGAGAAAGCCAUUGAAUGUUUUUUAAAGGCCAUGGAUCUAGCUCCUUACCAAAUAUUUUCUCUAGAGAAUAUCAUUGAUCUUUAUUUGGAGAGUGGACAAUAUGAACUGGCACACAAAUUACUCGAACAAUCUCUGAUGAAAAUUCCAUUAUUUAUUCCCACAUUGCAUUUAAAAAGAAAAUUGCAACUGAAUGGACAAAAUUUACCAUUUGGAAUUAGAUCCAAAUUAGUUGAACGAUCAUCCCUUCAUAAUAUUUCUCUUACAAAAUAUUACAGCGGAGAUGUCGAAGGAGCUCUUUCUACACUAUUGAAUGGGUACCAAAUUGAUUCUACCAUUUUCACACAAGAUAUUUACAACAAUGCUCUCAUUCAAACCAUUUGCUCUCUCUAUCCACAAGCCAUCAAAUUAUUGUGGAUGUACUUGAUUAAAUUAGGAUCACCAGUAACAGCAUUGGUUCUCAUGAAAACUCUUUACGAUCGACACGUCAUUCUCGGUAAGAAACCUGGCAGUCGUGAUUGUUCCGUCAUGUUUUGGUAUUAUGCAGCAUUGGCCUAUGCAGGAAUACCUUGGAGACUUGUCGAUUAUUCAAAAUUUAUUUUUGAUGAUGUGAAUAAGAGAGAUGACUUUCCCUAUUAUUUGCAAGUAUUGGCAUAUAAUCGAAUGGAGGUUUCUGAGAGUGGAGAAAAGAUUGAUGAAAUGACUAGACAACAUGUUGAGAAGUGUUUUGGAGAGAUGAAAUCAAUUCGAGAAUACGUGGCUGUCACAUAUGAGAAAUGUCUGUUUUGGUUGAGAAAUGGAGACUACAACUCUGCAAGUAGUGUUCUUCCAAGACAAUCAGUUUCAGAAAUGAUUCCAGAGUUUCAGUUUAUGAUGGCCAAAGUUUUGUACAAAAAGAAGAGUUCAAUAGCAGCUCGACAAGCUUUACAAAUCAUCACUCUUCUAUUGAGAUCAUGUCCCAAACAUUUUGAAUAUCUCUAUUUACGUUUAAAAUUGUCUUCCUUGUUGGAUGAGAAUAAUUUUAGAAAUUAUUACAAGGAUUUCUCUCCAAUCACUUUGGAGUGUUCAAUCAAAAAGUUGAAGCUUGGAGUGAAAUAUUACAUUAAUCACUUUGACCCUGAAAAAGCUCAAGAAGAAUUGGAAAAGCUUGAAAAGCUCAUUGAGAACGUUUCCAGUUGGAGAGAUAAAAAUCAAAUCUCAGAAUUUGAAAGAGCCAUUAACGACCGAAAGUACAAGGCAUCGAUUCGAUUCUUAAGAGCAAAUAUCAAAUAUAUUUCUUCAGAAAGCUAUUAUUCUAUAUUGAACGAAAUGACCAAUCUCACACCCAUCUACUCAAAGAAACCAAAAACCUUAAUAUUUGAAUUGAAGUAUGCACAGUUGGCUCCAACGAAUCAGUAUUACGUGAAUCAAUUUUUCGAAAAGGCGGAACAUGCUCUCAAACUUCUAGACCAAAAGUCACAAACUGUUUGUUGGCAAUAUAUUAUUUUGUAUUGCCUUCGAAAUGGGAUGAAAAGACAAGCAUUGUCUGUUUUGAAUAAUAUGGGCUCUACACGAUUUGCAAGAGUGGAUACCUUGUAUCCGUUAUGUGCAAUUGCAUUUAUGUUAGAUCUGAGCGAUAAUUUAGAAUCUUAUUUGUCUAAGGUAGAUCUCAGCAUGAUACGUUUUCAUUCCAAGUCAUUGGUCACCAAGAAAAUUUUAGCAGAGUUUGACAUGUUUAAACUUCGAGUGAUUAUUAGCAAAAUUCAGAGAGCGUCCACGAACUCUCUAAAUUCUGAGGUUCAAACUCACAUUGAGGAAUUUAAAAUGACCCUUAAUUCAUGUUUUCCAUUUGUAGAUUAUCUAAAAACUCUCUACAAGGAACAAAUUGUUGCUCAUAUUAUUUCUAAUUAUAUUUCCCUAAUUAGUCAUUCAGCAUCACAGGACACAAUUAUUCAACGACUGUUAAACGAAUCUCCAGAUCUAUUACCUCUGACAUACAUUCAAACUCGAAUAGCAUCCACCAACUACUAUCCAGAAAAGAAGAAAUUGUUUGAUGCACAUCAAAAAAGUUUCUCUAACACUGUAUCCUUAGAAGAUAGAACUAAUUUUCAAGUGUUGGAAUAUCUCAGAAACAAUGACAAAACCUUGUUGACAACUUCUAACUUGGCAACAACUGAUACUUUCUUGUUCGCCAAAAAAUGCUUGAAUGCACCCCUUGAAAGCAUUACUCAACAAUUAUCAUUGUUAAUCUUUGACAAGAAAAAAGUGUCACUUGACAUGAUGAAAGCUCUCGGUAUUAUUUUGAAAGGAAAAGUUGAUGUUGUCACCUAUCAGUGGUUGACCUAUGAAAUUUUUAAAAGAGAAGAUUCUGUUCCUUUUUUUGAAAAGAUACAAAAACCACAGUCUUCUCAUUCCAUGACAGAAAGAAAUAUUUUCAUUUCAAUUGAAAGUCUCCCUUUCAACCAAAAUUAUGUGCAAGCUGUUCAGCGUGUAUAUACUCGAUAUGAACAACCGAGUAUUCGAAGUGGACACUUGCUAUUGGCUCACAUUUUCAGAAUUUCACAUAAUAAGGAAACUCCUCUUCCUAUUGACCAAAGUCUUCAGAAAGAAUCUUUACCAUGGUUUCUCUCUCACACAUCCAUGGACUCGCUCAUUCAAGAACUCUUUUCAAAAUAUACAGAGAGAAUUGAAUUCAAUGAUCAUUAUGAAUCUCAAUCAUCCAAACAAUUAUCUUUUCAUGAAAAUACUAAACCAAUGAUGAGUCAUCAAUUUCAACAAGAGUUUUUAGAGGGUGCCAAAAACAAAUUAUUUUGGAAAUGCAUUUCUUACAUUUUUAGCAAUGAAAAAGAUGGACAAACUACUCUCAAAGAACGUUUGCAAUUAUUAUCAAAUAUUGCUGCCAAUGCAGGUGUUAUUACUGAGGAGACUAUUCGAAUUAAUUUUGAAUUUAUUUUACAUGAAUGGAGAAUUCGUGAUUCCACCUUGAAUUAUAGAUUUUCAAAAAUUCAAGAGAAAACAAAUGGAGAAUUUCUCAUCAAGUUUUCAUCACUUUUCUUUUACUUGAAGGAAUAUUUUACGACAUCAAAUGCACAAGAAGAAGGAAAUUCUAUGAAAUCAGUGGCCGAUUCGAUAUUCAAAAUAAUAUUCACAGAAUUGGAGCAAAUUUCUCAACUGUCGAUUCGAAAAUCCUCUCCUGUUGAAUGGAAAGAAUUUGUAGAGUACAUUUCUUCAAAAACAGAAGAAAGUUCAAAAGACAACACUUUGAAUUUUUCACUCCAUCGACUGAAAACUUUUGAAUGCGAUUGGAGAAUUUGGUUUUCAUUACUUUGUUUACACAUGAAUAACCAACCUACUAGUUACACGAUCAACUAUUCUUUAAUGACACUAUUGUUUGAAACAGUAUUACGGAUCUGUUAUUGCGCCUCAUCAUAUGGCAGCAAUGCUUCUUUAUCCAUGGAUCAAAACAUGUCACAUUUCAUAUUUCAUCCAGAUCUCCUGUUAGAAAAAUUGAAUAUUGAUGCCAUGUUGUAUCAUCUCACGAGUAAUCAUACUCCUUGUAGCUUGAAUUUAUUUGCUUAUCAACAACAGUAUGAUCCCACUCAGCAUGAUGAGGGAAUGAUAUCCAUUUUCGAAUGCGUUCGUUCCUUAAUUCCUAAUUUUUUUGAUUUUUUAUCAAAAUUAAUUUGCAAGAAAGAGAAACAUCUGACAGAAAUACGAUACCUUAUUCAAAUCGUGGCAGGUCUCUUGGAAUUAGGACUACUUGAACCAAUGACAAUUCUUGAGAAUGUGAAUUUAGUGACUGUUUGGGCAGAGAUGUUAAAUUUCAUUUUGGAACUUCACACCAUGUUUCAAGAAAAGGAAUUACUCUUGCUGUUAACAACCUGUUUAAUGGAAGACAAGAAAAUUCGCUCCCCAAGAAAAAUCUAUUAUUCAUUAAGAAGUGUCAAUUUUCUUCUUGAAUUCCUGAGAAUCACCUCUGAAGACAUUUUAUUGAAUUUUUUGAAUAGCGAACUCGCAUCGAAUACUGACCUACCUUCAUUAAGACAUGAAUUACUAGUAUUGAAUAGAAUUUUACAUAAGGGAUUGGAAUGUAAUGUUGAAAAAUCAGAGUUUACAACAUGCUUAAUUUCUCUAUUUCAAUCGAUUGGAAAAUUAUUACCAUCCGAUCAUUCACACAAAUGGCUCUCUAUCGUGAAAUGGAUUGAAUUUUCCAAAACAUCAUCUACAAAUACUACUCAGCACGAUGCAACAACAUUUGAAAUUAGAAUUUAUUGUGAAGGAGAACAAAACGAUACUCUCCUUUCACUUCAACCAGUUGCUCCGCCGAUCUCCUCUAACGAAUACCUUUUGGAAACUCAAACUUGUGGACUUGUGAAAAGUUUUUCAGAGAAUCAAACGAUUGGAAUGAUGCUACAUCUAAAAAUUGGAAAUGUCUUGUUCAAGUUAGUGUCCUCCGAGUCCAUGGAUUUAAGAACUGUGAAAUCAUUAUACUUUUCAUCCUUGUAUGACAUGAAGAAACAAGAGUCCAAUGUUUCACAUUUUCUUUCAAAUCAUGCUGUUAGAAAUCAUACACUUCUUUCAUUGGAUGUUGAAACAAAAAAGAAACAAACAUCAACGACUGCUGCUGCAUUGACUCCUACUUCUGUACAACACACUGUCACAAAUGUGAUCCUUACAAGAUAUUCCAUAUACAACAAUAGUUGGUAUGAAAAAUUGGAAAAGCUCAUUAAGGAACUCGCACGAUGGUCUGCAGUGUGUUGGUUUAUUGGUCUUUCUAUGCGAUCAAGAGAUACUGUCAUAAGGAUAAAUAUUGAGAAAGCUCAAUUGAUUCAUGACGAACUAUUUCAUACCUUACUGUACGCCACUUCAAAGGAACAUGCACAGCCAUUUCGAUUUGAUGUGGAUAUGGAAGCUAUGAUUCAAUCCUUUGGAACAAGUGGCAUGCAAGUGUUCGAAAAAGAAUUUUUCAACAUGACCAACCUCUUACUCUCCCCUUUGCAUAUUCAGAAAACUUUAUUCUAUCUCUCGUUAUUGACAGAAAAUGAUUGUAAACUUGUGAACAAUGAGUUGGCCCCAAGUAAUUAUGUAUCGCCAUUUACUGUGGACAGAUACAACCUGAGAACUGAGAGCGAGAAUGUACCCAGAGGUGACAAGUAUUUGUACAAACUAUUGAAGAGAAGUCUCAAAUUGGAGAAAAUGCUUGAACCUGAAUUGAGAAGAGAGUUACAAAGUACGGCCACCUCCACCGAUACUCAAACAUUGAUCUCAAAAGAAAACUCCAUGAAUAUUCAGCCAGUGACUUCUCAUCCUUCUCCGUACAUUGCGCUGAACGACAAGAUUGUUGAUUUGUUUUUGAGUCGUGUUCAUGGCUGGAUCCUCAUGUUUAAUGCUGUAUCGACGUCAAAAGACGAAGAACUCUCCUUUGAAAAUUGUGGAAUUAGAUGCUCCACCAUUCAACAACUAUGUAACGAAUUAAUAGCUCAAAGCAAGCUGUUUUCAAAGAUUUCAAAGUAA